CAUUAUUGGAAAAUCAAAUAAAGCCCACAGUCCUCAAUCACACUUGGAUUUGCCUCCGCUCUCUGAAACUCGUCCCAACACACCCGCCACCUCAACAAGAUCUAUCUCGUCAUCUCUCGACUCUGCCCCUGCCUCGACCUGCCAUUUUUGUCUGGCUCAUCCGGACGCUGGGAAGGUCAGACCACUCGUUCGCAGUACUGUUUCUCGAGCUAGAACUAUGUGGAGAUCGAGGUCAAUUGCGCCCUGCAGCACAUUCAGCAUUUUCAACUCCAACAUCAAUAUCGUCCUCACCGCAAGGUCGCAGUCGCGCUCGCCAUCACGCCCCACCCAUCAUCCAACGUCAGUUGUACAUCGGCCACCUGGUCUGCCUGCGGCCACAGCAUAGGCAGACGCCUCCUCCUAUAUCAAGACGGUGCCCGACACCCGAUCCCAUGUCUAUCGACUAUCAAACCAGAAAUCCCUCUUCACUAUGGAACAAACCAGCUCUAGCAGACAAACACCCGCUCGACGCGGUCGUGGCGGGGCAAGGCCGAACCGAGGUCGCAAGAACUACGCAUCCGAGGGUGACGCUCUCUUCGAGAUGCCCACCCCGGCCAGCUUCCCUACUACUCCUAUGAAGUCGAACAACGGCAGCCCUGCCCCUGGCCCUGGCACACAGCAGCCAGCCAACUCGAAGUCCACGUCCAAGAAGGGCAAUAAUAGGAAAUCUCGCCCGAACAAUGUGUCGACGUCACCCGCCCCUCCGUCCAGCCAGCGCACACCUCCCCCGUCUGCCUCUGUCAUUAUGUCCUCUACAGCCUUCGCCAGCUCAAGCUCCUUCCACUCUCCCGCGCCAGGCAGUCUCCCCAGGCCCUCAUUUUCCAAGUUCGCCCGAUCUCAAUCCUGUGUCACCUCUAGCGACGACGCGUUCAUGAAAGUGCGCUCCGAGUCAGCCGCUGCCCAGCUGCGCAAAGAACCUUCGCCUCCCUCGUCCGACGCUGAAUCGCCCAGCCCUCCGCUGCCUCCGAACCUCGCCAAGGAUCAGCAGCACGCCUCGCCUCUGGAUUUCCUCUUCGAUGCCCACCGCGCAGACCAGGAGAAGCUCCGCAGAGCGACGUCGGCCGCUGCCACCAUGGGCGUCGAUGGCCCGUUCACCGCUCCGCCAGGCUCACGGUACCCCGCAAACCCCGAGAUUCAGGACGAUCCCAUCCCCCUCAAGCUUCCCAUUCGCUCCAUGCCGCACCGUGGUGCCUCCGACAGCACUGGUGCUGCUCUGGGAACUGCUCCGCGACCCGAACACUUCGUCUUGCCCGCCCACGAGCGUCUUCGAGCUGCUGGGCCUGCUGAGUAUCGUGCACGCCAGUCACCUUCGCAGCCAGUGCAGAGCCACUUGGCUCAAUACAACCAGCCUCCCGCCACGCCGCCCCGGCUGGACAAGAGUGACGAAGUGAAGAGACUCUUGGGAAUUGGCACACCAUCUCCGAGGGCGCCUCAGCUCCACCACCAUCAUCAGGGGCCAUAUCAACAAGGCCUGCCUCAAGGAUAUCGGCCCGGGCCUAUGCAAGGUCCCGCAACAACCUUAGCGAUGACCUCACCGGAUGGUGGCUCUCCAGGCUACCCGCAGAUGCGUGGUGGUGAUUUGAGCUCUGGCAGUGUGGAUCACCGGAAGACCAUGGCUGAAGAUGCGCUUCGCAGAGCUCUGGGCCUCAACUUCCCAGUGCCAAUGAGCCAGGAUGGCAACCACAGUCCUCAGCACCACACCAAUUCGUUUUCGGGACAUGCGUAAUCCCUUUUUGCCGGCCACAAUAUACGCACCUCGACGUUCUCCAUUAUCAUCAAUCAUUCACGCGCUUAUUAUGCGUCUCUCCCUCCGCACUUGUCACUCAGAGUUGCAUAGAUAGACGAGGUUUUGUUUUGGUUCUCAAGGAGCUACUGAAAGCUUUUUCAUUGCGCUGCGACGAUGGAGUCGGUGGUCCGACUGGUGCAUUUGGGCUGGAUACUGCUUUGGGGACAUUUUACAACCUGUGAUAUUCUCAUACAAGACCUUAUGGAUUGGGCGGGUCUUAUACGGUAACGGCGUACUCGGCUCCCAUCGAUGUUACCCCUCUGUGUCGGGUCGGAAGCAGGAGUCUUCAGUGAUUUUCGUCCUUCUUUGGCGAAUGUACAGCGAAAAGGCAUCUUGUGGCGAUUCAUCUGGCAUGAGUUGCUGGAUUUGAGGGGCCUUUCGAUUGGUUCUGGGAAUACCCAUACGAUAACUGGCGUUACAUUUUUUUUUCUAAUUUUUUUAAGGGAGCUGUGGAUUGGUGGCGGCUAGGAGAUAACAAGGAAGUGGUGGACCUGACAACACCAGGAGGUGCACCUUUUGGACGUCAAGAAGACACUUUGCUUUGUGGAGAGGACUCACAUUUUCAACAAGACAAAAACAACGGAAG